UUGAGCUGGACCAUUAACUCUUGAGUGGCGGGGUGAAUUCUGUUGUGUUGCACAGGCGGUGGAAACUUUCUCCCCAGUGGCGGCGACAGAUGGCUGGUGACGGGGGCGCAUGGUGCAGGGAGGCCUCGUCUUCGUCCCCCUCGCUCCCUGCCGCCCGGAGGUGAAGGGCCUGCUUGUCUUUCUUACCCUACUCUUAAGUGCCUCAGAGAUAGCUUCCAAGGACCCUCUGACACGAAUAACCGUAUGAGGUGUUUGGCCCAUCACUCCAUUCUUACUCUUUUUCCUGAAAGUUUGGAAUUAUGUUUACUUCCCUCUUUCCCUCCUGCAAGAUAAAUGGUAAGAUGACGGCGAGGGGGGCGGGGAGAAAGUUUCUGCCAGCCGUCGCCUGUUAGUUGUGUCGGCGCCGUCAACAGCAGUGUGCACACCUACAGGAACUGGUCCUCUUGGUGCGGCGGCGUCUUCUUCGGUACUGGUUCUUCUUCGUUGUCUGCAUCUUCAGGAAGGGCGUACACUGUGCACUGAUUUAGAAGAGGCGGCGACUUGGAGCGUGUGUGGGGUGCAUUGAGGCCCACAGGUACCCUCUACAAGCGAGGAAUUACUGUGGGAGGUUGAAAAAGGUUGUGAGGCUGACCCGCAGACAUGAUGACGAAGGGCUGGGCGGGGCUGCUGCUCCUCACCUGCUGCGCCGUCAGUAGUGGAUCCGCAGCAGUGGAAAAAACCUCCAAGUCACCCUCGGAGCACAAAAUCAACUUCGGAUGGCCCAAGUUCUUCAACCCUGAGAUGGGGAUGAUGAGAGAGAAAGCCGGGAAGAAGGGCGGCAGCGAUAAAGAAAAGCAGGAAGGGAACGACAUUGACACGAGCCACGAGGAUGACGAAUACGAGGCUCUCAUUGACUACACCCUCAAGGGCGGACUGCGAGGAACACUGCUGCUCCUGAACUCCACCACAAUGGACAACAUGGCCAACCUUACGAGCAGCGAGAUGGGAGACCUGAAGAAGGCGGCGGAGAAGGCAAUGAAGGAAGAUGAAGAGGAGGCGGAUGCGGAGGGCGGGAUGGAGGGGGAAGUUACAGAGGAAGGGGUGAGGAUGCGCAUGCCCCUCGUCAGGAAGAAGCAUCCCACCGAGCUGGGCAAGUACGGGGCCAAGAUCACUUUCUACACGAGCGAACAGCCGACCAAGUUCAUCUAUUACGGAAACUGGUGCGGGCGGGGUGGACGGAGCGCCCCGGUGGAUGACAUGGACCGUUGCUGUAUGGAGCACGCCAGGUGUUACGGCCGCACGGUGCGCCAGUGUCCCGACGUGUGGAAGAAGCCCUACGACCACAUGUACGCCUGGACGCUGCUCGAGGACGAGGUGGUGUGCGUGAGAUCGGAAGCGUACUGCGUGAACCACGUGUGUGAGUGUGACCGCCAGGCCGCCCUCUGCUUCCAGCACCACCUGUCCCGCGGCGCCACGCACCUGGGCACCAAGACGGCCUAGCACCGUGCGCCGCCGCCUCCCCGCGGGGAUGUUCCUGUAACAUGACUUGUCAUGCUUGAUACAGAAAUACGUUCGGGAUUUUUAUACUGCUCGUUGCUUAUAUAUAUGUUUUUCAAACAUAAUUUGUUGCUUGCUGUUACAAUACAUUUGUGUGUGAAUACUUGUCUUGUCACAUGCCUUUGAAGUUCUUACUUCCCCUCUCCCCCCCCCCAACACACACAGACAUACAACACAAGCACCGGGCUCCCAGUCCCGUCCCCUCCCACGACAGCACUUUUGAUACAUUCAGCAAACACAGACAGAAAAACAGAGAGAAGUACAGUUUCCCAUACCGGAAAGGUCCAUGUGUUUUUUUAGUCUCUGAACUUAUCAAUCAGCGAACAAAUCUUGAUCAAAUGUUGGUACGCCUUGUUGGGUAAGAUACUUAUCUGAGGUACGCAGUAUGAUGUAAUUAAGUCAGAGAAAUUGUUCUUAAUGCAGCUGCGACCACUAGAGUCAUCCUUCAAUCAUUAGGAUGUGACUUACUUAGGCUUUUCAUCUACAUCUGAUAAUGUACUACAAUGCUUGACUAUUUUCUUGCUUGAAAUCAUUUUGCGUCCUUGUAGAGUAAGGGAGACAAGAACUUUUCAUAUAUAUUUGUUUGAAUGUUACUCGUUUUCCUUACAUCUUAAAUAUACUUAUGUAAUUCAGUCACCUUAAGAUCAUACCCCCAGUUCAGUUUGAAGAGCAAUUCAUCUGGAAGUAAAAUCUUUCAGUAUUCUUGUGCAUAGUGCUGGCCAACCUCGAUUAUAACAAAUAGCCCGGACUCCCCUACUUAUGUAAUUCAGUUACCUUAAAAUGACACCCCCAGUUCAUUUUAAAGAGCAAUUCACCCGGUAAUAUAAUCUUUCAGUAUUCUUGAGCAUAUUGCUGUCCAACCUCUAUUUGCCACUCCUCAUGUAACUUAUAUGAAGAAAUGUCUUUUCA